AAUGAGCUCAGACUGGUAUCCACUAUUAGUCACCGCCUCACUCCUUCUCUCUCACACCCAUUCCCUCCCCAGAAAGGUGUCAACCAGUCUCUCAAGUGGUCUUAUCAGCAUGGCAAACAGUUACAGAACAGUUUACGCUUUCGCCAGGGAAAUGCACCCAAAAACCGUCAAGGCUGACAUACAAUAUGGCACGGCGGGCUUCAGAGCCAAGGCCAAUAAUUUGGGGUACGUUAUGUACCGGAUGGGGCUCCUGGCCGUGCUAAGGGCCAGGUACAAGAGAGCCACCAUCGGGGUCAUGAUCACGGCCUCACACAACCCGGAGCCCGACAAUGGGGUGAAGCUCGUGGACCCCAUGGGCGAGAUGCUGGAGCAGAGCUGGGAAAAGUGGGCCACCAAGUUUGCCAAUGUUGGUGAUGACCAACUUGAAGAGACCAUCAACGAGAUAAUCAAAGAAUAUGAUAUUCCAAUGACUGACCGGGUGGAAAUCGUUGUAGGGAAAGACACCCGGCCUAGUAGCCCAAGUCUGGCCAAGUCCCUCACGGACGGGGUCUUAGCCCUGUCCGGGAAACCGGUCGAUUACGGAAUUGUGACCACCCCCCAACUUCAUUACUUCGUCGUUUGUAAAAACACAAAUCGCAAAUACGGCGAACCGACUGAGGAAGGCUACUACACGAAAUUAACCAAAGCUUUUAAAAAACUGCGAGGUGAAACGUUCACUAACGGAAGUUACAAAAACCGGCUGUUGUACGACGGGGCGAACGGAGUCGGGGCCAAAAAAAUCAAAUAUUUCCAAGAACUGUUAGGUAACAGUAUGAAAAUCCAAAUGUACAACGAUGCGAUCAUCGGGUCCGGCAAGCUUAACUACAUGUGCGGUGCCGACUAUGUGAAAUCGCAGCAGAAGUUCCCGACGGGGGUUCCCGUGGAGCCCAACACUCGGUGUUGUUCGGUCGAUGGCGACGCCGACCGACUCAUCUACUACUACAUGGACGAAAACAACGGCUUCCAUUUGAUGGACGGGGACCGCAUGGCCACCCUGAUCGCGAGCUACCUCAAGGAAAUCCUAGAAAAGACCGAACUCGAUCUCAACUUAGGUUUAGUCCAGACUGCGUACGCCAACGGCGCUUCGACUGAAUACAUAUCGAAAAAACUCCAAGUGCCAGUCGCGUGCGUCUCCACCGGGGUCAAGCACCUGCACCACAAGGCCCUCGACUACGACAUCGGCGUCUACUUCGAGGCCAACGGCCACGGAACCGUCAUCUUCAGCAGCAACGCCAAAGACAAGCUGACGGAAACUGCGAAAAAUUCGAGCCUUUCGGAGGAGCGGAGACACGCGGCCGAGGCGCUGCUCACCCUCAUCGACCUCGUGAACGAGACGGUGGGCGACGCCAUCUCCGACAUGCUCCUCAUCGAGACGAUCCUCCACGCCAAGGGCUGGGACAUCCAGCAGUGGGAGAGCGCCUACACCGACUGGCCCAACCGCCUGAUGAAGGUGACGGUCCAGGACCGCAACGUCAUCACGACGACCGACGCCGAGCGCGUCUGCGUCACUCCCGAGGGGCUCCAGGCCGAAAUCGACGCCCUGGUGGCCAAGUUCGACAAAGGCCGCUCGUUUGUCAGGCCCUCGGGGACCGAGGACAUCGUCCGGGUGUACGCUGAGGCGGCGACCCGGGAGCAAGCCGACGAGCUGGCGCUGCAAGUCGCCAGGAAGGUCCACGAAAUGGCCGGGGGGACCGGCGACUCGCCGCAAUUGAAUUGAGUGCAAUAAAUAUUUUUUUAAACGAAUUUUACUUUUUUUGUGCCAUCUGUACGUACCAAGGUGACCUACUCCGCACAGUUCUUGCCUUACCGAGGCUGGGCCUCUUUGUUGUACAAAUUUAAAGCUUUAUUGACUGUUUUCUGUGCUGCUGUCUACUGGUGUACUUAAUUAUUGUACCCGUGUAAUGUUAGGAUUUGUAAUCAUUCCAUUCGUUUUGAACUAACUGCCAAGUAGAAACGGCGACAGCUUUAGUUUUACUUCUUUAUAUACAACAUUUUAAUAAAAGGUUUAUGUAUA